AGUACGGAGGAGUUGCUCCUCUUGCUUCGGGAGCACGCUUCCGGGUUUUCCCCCCUCCCACCCCACUUGUUUGUUCCGUGCCUCCCGUGAACCUGACAGCCGCCGUCGUCCCGGGUUGAAAGAGCGUCGAGGGUUGCAGUCAUGUCGUCAGCUGCUGCGGGCACCGGCAAGACGGCCCACGGCGACGUGGCCGCGAAGAAGAAGAAGGGACCCGGCGCCCUGGCCACGGCCUACCUGGUCAUCUACAACGUUGUUAUGACAGCGGGGUGGCUGGUCAUAGCUGUGGGUCUGGUCAGAGCUUACCUGGCCAGAGGAAGCUAUCAUGGGCUUUACUACUCCAUCGAGAAGCCUCUGAAGUUCUUCCAGACCGGAGCUAUUCUGGAGAUUGUGCACUGUGCUGUGGGGAUCGUCCCGUCCUCCGUGGUGCUGACAGGCUUCCAGGUCCUGUCCCGGGUCUUCCUCACCUGGGCCGUCACUCACAGCGUCAGGGAGGUGCAGAGCGAGGACAGCGUGCUGCUGUUCGUGGCGGCCUGGACCGUGACGGAGAUCAUCCGCUACUCCUUCUACACCUUCAGCCUGCUCAACCACCUGCCGUACCUCAUCAAGUGGGCCAGGUACACUUUCUUCUUCGCCCUGUACCCCAUGGGGGUGAGCGGCGAGCUGCUGACCAUCUACGCCGCGCUGCCCUACGUCCAGAAGACGGGGCUGUACUCCGUCACGCUGCCCAACAAGUACAACUUCUCCUUCGACUACCACGGCUUCCUCAUCCUCGCCAUGGUGUCCUACAUUCCCUUCUUCCCCCAGCUCUACUUCCACAUGAUCCGGCAGAGGAAGAAGGUGCUGGGCCACAUGGAGGACCACAGCAAGGUGGAGUGAGACCCCCCCCCCCCCUUCCCAACGGGCCGAGGAACCAAAACCAACCACAACAGCCGGGAGAUUUCCAUCAUGGAGACACUUUAUUUGUUGUUGUUGUCUUUCUCUGAUUUCUGAUCAAUGUUUGUGUGUCUCGUUGGAGAGUCCACGAGGACUCGGAGCACUGAUUAGUAGUUCUUUUUUAUUUAAUUCUUUUGUCUUCUCGUUGGCUUCAAAAGUCUGAUCACAUUCCUGAUUUAAGUUCAAUAAAACUUUUCCAUUCUGUGGUGCUGUUUUCCAUCUAGUCACAUGAUCUUUGUUUACGUCCAGUCAGCUGAGUCCCAGUGGAGCUUGUCCUAUGAUGUCUUAGUUGUUUAGGUGGUUUGUACUUUAAGUUAAGUGUGUUUUUAUUUAUCAUCCCUCUUUUUGUCAUGUUCUCGUGCAAUCGCUUUGUCUUCUUUUUUUAUUCUCUGAUCAACUCUCUUUAGCUCAAACAAAGGGAUUCUAUAUAUUAAGCAUCUAUUUCCAUUCAGGCUUUAUUUAAGGAAGUUCAAGGGAUUUAUGGAAGUGUAUUAAGACGAGAACACAAAGCACAAUAAACGGUAGCAGCAGA